AUGUCCAACUCGCCCAUCUCACCUAUUGAUAUGCGUAUAUUUGAAUGUAGCCAUGCUGGAUGUGGUACUCUGUUUCCUAGCGAAUACGAUCGUGAACGUCAUGUUCGUAUCGCCCAUCAGAAGAAUGCAACUGUCACGUAUCCCGAUGGUGAGAAAAUUGUGAUUGAAGGGGGUGCUGACGACCUUUUUCAUUGUAUACACUGUACCGCUACAUAUACAGCAGCAUCUAUAAGCAACUUGCACCGGCACACGAAGGAAUGCUAUGGCGCGGACGACACAACGGUCGUGAUGAAUGUUGACACGUGUGGUAACGACGAUUGUGCUGACGUCUCAGACGCCUACCUAGCCAUUUAA